GUAAAACGGAAGCCCCGAACAUUCUUUUGAAUCCUCACUCUUCCUUGCUCAUUUCCUUGCCAUCGAGCAUUUCCGGUUUCACCUCACCAUGCCAACUGAAAAUAAGAAGCUCCAGAUUGUGAGCCUGGGAAGUUCAUUUGCUGCUGGUCCGGGCGUCCCGCCGCAAAUCGAACCACGCGCAGCGAUGCGAUCAGGGCAGAAUUACCCUCAUCUCCUAGCGCAGCAGUUGAACGCUGAGCUCACCGACCUGACUGUUUCUGGGGCAACUCUUCUCAACAUAACAGUCGAGCCCCAAACCGUUCCGUUCUACAAAGAAACCUUCCCGCCCCAGAUCUCCAAUCUGCCGGAAGAUGCGGAUAUAGUCACCAUUACUGCCGGUGGCAACGACAUUAACUACAUCGGUGGUAUGAUUUCGGACGCUUGGGAUGCCACUUUACCGGGAACAAUCAUCAAUACUGUUGUUCAAGGUGUAAAGGCGUUAAAAUCGGCCGUUUCGUCCCAAGCGCCAGCACAAACGUCUCACCUGUUAUCUCCAAGUGAGUUAGCUGAAAGACUAGGCUUGGUCCUCGAUGAGAUACACGGACGAGCUCCAAGAGCUCGUGUUUUUGUUGUCGAAUAUCUCGCUGUUCUCGGACCUGACACACGACCUGGUCAGGACAUUCCUUUCAAUCAAGAAAAACUGGACCAUCAUCGCGGAGUCGCCUCUGCACUACAACAAGCAUAUACAGUUGCAGUGCAAAGUAGGGAAAACUGGUGUGAGAGAGUACCAGUCCACGAGCUCAGCCUGGGACAUGCACUUGGCAGCAAAGAACCAUGGGUCGGAGGAUUUGACCUUGCAUCAGUAGUUCGACGCGGUCCCGUCCUUCACCCUAAUCUCGAUGGAAUGAAGGCAGUAUCAAGUCUUCUACUCGCAAGGGUCCAAAAUGAUAGAACCUAGUUGAUGGAGGGAUUGAGUUAUCCGGGGUGUCAUUGCAGAGAAAUUGUACUGGUCGAAACGAUUUGUGGUGUAUGGACGUUUCCAACUGUCGCAAAUCCUGUGGAGCUAUUUUGAUCUUGCCCUGGAUAUAUAUCACUGCAUUUGUCGUUCGAGAGCUGUUGAUUAGCUGUAUUUGCUUCAUAUAAAGGUGAACUUUCAGGGCAGACCCUCGCUACACGAGGGUCCGGAAAAAAUGACAAUUCUGUAAGGAU